GCCAGGAGCAUCUGAGGAGGUGAAGAGGAAGCUUCCAGGUCUCUUCCCUUCACCCUAGAAAUCCAGAUAUCCCCCCAUCCCCACCUCCAUCCCCAGAGAACUUUGAGAUACUGUCCUCGCUGUUCGCUGGCCUGGCGGAUCAUGGCUCCCUUUGGAAGAAACUUGCUAAAGACUCGGCAUAAAAACAGAUCUCCAACUAAAGACAUGGAUUCAGAAGAGAAGGAAAUUGUGGUUUGGGUUUGCCAAGAAGAGAAGAUUGUCUGUGGGCUAACCAAACGCACCACCUCUGCUGACAUCAUCCAGGCUUUGCUUGAGGAACACGAGACUACAUUUGGAGAGAAACGAUUUCUUCUGGGGAAGCCCAGUGAUUACUGCAUCAUAGAGAAGUGGAGAGGCUCUGAACGGGUUCUUCCCCCACUAACAAGAAUCCUGAAGCUUUGGAAAGCAUGGGGAGAUGAGCAGCCUAAUAUGCAGUUUGUUUUGGUUAAAGCAGAUGCUUUUCUUCCAGUUCCCUUGUGGAGGACAGCUGAAGCCAAAUUAAUGCAAAACACAGAAAAACUGUGGGAGCUCAGCCCAGCAAAUUACAUGAAGACGUUACCACCAGAUAAGCAAAAGAGAAUAGUCAGGAAAACUUUCCGGAAACUGGCUAAAAUUAAGCAGGACACAGUUUCCCAAGAUCGAGAUAGUAUGGAGACAUUAGUUCAUCUGAUUAUUUCCCAGGAUCAUACUAUUCAUCAACAAGUCAAGAGAAUGAAAGAGCUGGACCUGGAAAUUGAAAAGUGUGAAGCUAAAUUCCACCUCAACUGGGUAGAAAAUGAUGGAGAAAAUUAUGUCCAGGAUGCAUAUUUGAUGCCAAGUUUCAGUGAAGUUGAGCAAAACCUAGGUUUGGAGUAUGAUGAAAACCAGAUUCCGGAGGACCUGAGAGAAAGUGAUGGAGUUGUACAGCUGGAAGAACGACUAACAUAUUAUAGAAAGCUCAUUGAUAAGCUCUCUGCCGAAAUAGAAAAAGAGGUAAGAAGUAUUUGCACAGAGAUAAAUGCAGAUGCUGUGGAAGGGGCAGCUUCAAGUGAACUUGAAGGCUCUAAUUUAGAAAGUGUUAAGUGUGAUUUGGAGAAAAGCAUGAAAGCUGGUUUGAAAAUCCACUCUUACUUGAGUGGCAUCCAGAAAGAGAUUAAAUACAGUGACUCAUUGUUUCAGAUGAAAGCUAAAGAGUAUGAGCUCCUGGCCAAGGAGUUCAGUUCCCUUCAUACUAGCAACAAAGAUGAAUGCCAGCUAAAGGAAAACAGAGGAAAGGAAUCUGAGGUCCCUACCAGCAGUGGGGAGGUUCCUCCUUUUACUCAAAGAGUAUUUAACAUGUAUUCAAAUGACACAGACUCGGACACUGGUAUCAGCUCUAACCACAGUCAGGACUCGGAAACAACUGUAGGAGACACGGUGCUGUUGCCAACAUAAUUUGAAUGGCUUCUUUCUGACCUACUUUAAUGUUGUUCGUGUUUGUUUAAUUUAGUAGGAAACUUUAAAUAUUCCAUUCUGCAAAAAAAAUAAAUAAAUCAUGUUAAAGUGUUCGGUAGUUAAUAAAAACUAGAGAACUUUGUAAGUUUGUUUUUGAUUUAAGAGUUCCAAUGUGACCUAAUUAUUGCAAGUUCAAACAAUGAACUCUUUAUUAAGAAUGCAGCACAAACAGCUUGCAGGUAUAUAACAGAGAAAUAAUUUGAUGGGAAUUAUCAUCUCAUAGCUUCUGUGAGAAAUGAUUUAUUCAAACUGCAAACUAAUUCUUGAUAUUAGUCAAUAUAUUGAAACUAUACACAUGAACAAGUAAAAUUAAAAUGUACUGUUAUAUAUUUUUCAACAAUGUAUCACUGGAAUUUUAUAAUCUGUAAAGUACAUGACGGCUACUAUAUUGUAACUGUAUUAAUUCAAAUCCUGAUUCUUUUCAUUGAUAUUUAGAAUGUAUAUCAUCUCUGUUACUUCCUGAACCCCUCUACCUGUUAGGCCUAGGUGACAGGAAGUGGGAAUGGUUGCUAUUGGGACAUGUACAAAUACCAGAGGUGGAUCAGAGAGGAGUAUGUAGAUGAGGAAGGCCAAGUGCUGCAGACAACAGGAACUUUUCUAAAGAAUCCUAAAAUUAUUAAGGGAUAUGUAUGUGCUUUCUCUCUCUGAUAUGCAAAACUUUGGUCAGACCAAUGGUCUGUGCAGUUUCAUUCCUUGAAUGAGAUAUGGCGUGGGUUACAGAGAAAAUCACAGGGUCCUAGUUCUGUUAGAUUAUACCUUAUCUACAAAAGUUGAAGGGAUGCAACUUGGGGUCCUUCGUGUGGGUAAAAUAGAGUUCUAUGUGCCAUAUGUAUUAAUAUUAGCAUUUUGUCUCUGAACAUAUAGAUAGGACCUAAUAUGGACAAAAAUCUUUUAUUCUGCUAUACUAUAAUUCAGAUUGUCUUUGUAGUACUUCAUCUAAGGUGCAAACUGAAAAAAAAAAGUGCUAGCUCUACUCUCUACCCCACUCUCAAGCGCGAUAGUAAAUAUUCAACAAAUUGAAUAGAUUAUUUAGAUCCUAUCUUGACUGACAAUCAUUACAGUGCCAGAAGAGGCUUGGUUUUGCUUCAUUUUUAGUUAGGAAGUUCCUUUCUCCUUCUCUCUCUUCUCUCCUUCUUCUUUCCCUUCUUUAUUUCUUGCUACUGAACAUAUAUUAUAUUGAAAACAGUUUAAUUGUUUUAUUGUACUGUUAAAUGAAUACAGCUGCAGUUUAUUUUUUCUUUAGCUAACACCUUUCCCAUAUGUCAGUGCACAUGUAAGUAGAAAUAUUAUUUUACUUAGUUUUAAUAUGUGGAUAUUGGUUAAGAUUCCCAGUAUUUCUCAUUUCUUCCCUUUUAUCCUUAUGUUUACUGUAGUGUAUGUUUUAACUCAAUUUCCUAAUCUAUUUUAAAAUUUCUCCAUCCCCCAGAUUUCACCAAUCUUUGGGAAGAAAUUUAGAACUUUCUUAAUAUUUCACUUUUGGAGAACAUCUAAUGUUAUUAUUUUUCAUGCCAAGAUAUUGCUGAAGGCCUUAUUUGAAGUUGUAUGGUAAGAAAAGUAGGAAUUUCCAUUCUAGGGAAACUAAGGUGAUAAACAGUAAGUAAUAACACUAACAUGGGUUUAAUUUAGAAGAAAUAAGAAGGGAAUUGAAUAGUCAUCUGAGAAAGGGAAGUUUAUUUGCCUAAUAUCCCAUUAAAUCAUUCAGCACUAUGGUAAGCUAUUGAGAUAUUUAUUGUUCACUACUGGGGAUUAAACUCAGAAGAUCAUCAUCAAAGAUAAACCAAUUGUAAUGUUGUUUUUCUAAAGUGAAAGUAAUCUCUUUGUAUUACUCUUUAGUGAGAAAAUAAUGUAAAGAACUCUGUUAUCUGCUAUAUAAUUUGAUUAAUUAUCUGAAUUCAAAAGAGGUUCUGAUAAGAAACAGGACUAGACAGAUAAUUUCAUUUUAGAAACUGCAUUAAUGUCUGUCUUUAUACAGUUAAGCACAGUGAUGCAUUCUAAGGGCCAAUUCUCCUAUAUUUUUAGAGUAGAUAACGUUAAAAACUCUUGUCAGACAGCAAGACCAUCAAGUUUUAAAUUCACAUUAGAAUUUCUAUUUGUUCUUUAGUUAUAUACAAAUGUAUUUGUGCUUUUGAUUCAUUACAAUAUUAAAUCAUCAGUUACCAUGGUGAAUCUCUAAUUUAGAGUAAUAUAUUAAUACAAAUAAAAAUACUAAAAUACGAUGCACUCAUCUCCGGAUACUGAGCUAUUCUUUAUCAAAUUAAGUGAGAAUUUAUAUGAUAAAUUUAUAACUUGAUAGAAACCUUAAUGUUUUAAUUAUUUAUAGAGGCUUUAAAAUAAAAUGUUUAUAAAUUCUUGAGUAACCUGACAGGUUAACUAUGAAAUUGCUAUAUGCAGCUAGAAGUAGCAAACCAAAGCUGACUAAUCUUUCCUAUAACAAGACAGAUUUUCAUUGACUGCACCUUGUUCAUCCUGCCACUUGGAAUGUCUCUUUCCUCCAUCUGCUAUACACUGAAAUCCCACCCAUUUCAGGUUUUUAACAUGUUAUCUCUUGUAUAAAACAUAUAUUGUUCCAUUCAACCUGUUGUAAUAUCUUAUCUCUGAACCCACAAAUAUUUUAGUGUAUUUUUCAUAGAGGAACAUUUAUAUUCUAGCUUAGCUUAUGUUUAUUUAUGUACUUAUCUAACUUCCCUCUCACAAUGUAUUUUUGAUUGUAUUACUUUGUCUUCUAUCUUGUUGACCUUAUUCCCUACAACAACCUCUUUGCCCCUACUCAGUUUUGGAAUUGAAUUGCUAAAUUUUAGAAGAUUGUAAACUUUAAAAAAAAUUAUUUCCAUACAUGGUAAAUGAUGCUUGUGCAUUUUAUACAGAAAUAUGCAUUUUAGCAGACUUAAAAUAUUAACAGUAAUUCUACUUAUAUAUUCUUUGGGGAAAGCACUAAAUCUUAGGGUUAUUAUGAAAAGAUUUUAAUGUAGUGUCAAUUUUCUAUUUUACUUUUAAUUUACAGAGUUACUGAUUUAAAACAAUGGAAAUAUUGUCUUUUUUUAAAGCCUCUCAGUGGUUAAAUUAUGGUAUUUUCCUCUGCAUCCCUUGCAUGUAAGAAAAAUUAUAUUUCAUAGAACUAGAUUUUAAGUGGUAGACACACAAAA